AUGCAGUCCGUUGUGCAAAGCACUUUCGAUAAUCCCUGUACCCGCAGCGGCUUCGAUUCCGGAAUACACACGGGACCUUUCACUUAUAAUUACACGGUCGACGACACGGAUCCUUACUGGUUGUUCUGUAUUGUUGACGGUCAUUGUAAAGCAGGGAUGGUAGCAGCUAUCAAUCCUCCCACUAGCGGAAACCAGACGUUUGCAGCCUUUGUGGCUAAAGCUGAAGGUACUACUCUGCCGAGUACGUCCCAGGGUUCGACUUCGAAUCCGUCCACCCGAACUGGUAGCAGCGCCACAUCGACUGGUGGUGCCGUAUCGACUGGUACGCCAGGUACAAGUCAUUCCUCCAGUCCCAGUACCACGAGUCGAGGAGGUAGCGCCUCGAGAACGGUUCCAAUGGCGGGUAUCGCUAAUAUCGGAGCUGGCGCUUUGGUCGCUAGUGUGUUGAUGAUCGUUGGUGCUGUUGUUGUGCUGUGA